UGUCACUUACUGCACUCUCGUCUUGUCCCUCAUUAUCAGCGGCCCGCAGUUGGUGAAGCUUGCUAGAGCUUCCUGCACCAGAAAUCAUCGUCUCCGAGAGGGCUAGACUGGGGAAAACUCGGUCUUGUCUUUGUCUGCUCAAUGUUGAAUAUGGAUCAUCAACGGCCAGCAUCGCAGAAGUUCCCCGCUGCGCUCGCUGGCGUGCUAAACUCCCCUGACGACAACCGGGACUCCGCUUACUAUUCUAGCACCGAUGCAUCAAGCAAACACACCUCAGCGGCAUCUGGUCUAGGCGUGCUGAGCCCCCCGAGCUCCGGUUUUCAGACGUCGCCCAUCGACAAGACGCCGUCUCCGACCACGACAUCCAACCUCCUGCCGCAACCGCUUGUGUCGCCAACGAACAGCAACAUGAGCGUCGCUUCGAUGGUUUCGCCGACGACGCCUGGAAGCGCAGACCCACGGCGCUUCGAUCGAACGCAGUCACUGGAUUCAGCGCCAAACAGCGCCUCCUUCGCGAGUGGCGACGUUCCCGAGGCACUAUCGCGAAGGGAGAGCGUCGACAGCAGGAUCAAUCAGGGUUUCCAUGACCUGCGAUUGGGAAAUUCGCCCUACGCCAGCCACAACCAGUCGACUAGCUCGAUCCACAACACACUGCAACAGCAGAGGACCCCGCGGCCAGGGCUCGAGAGUCUUGCGGUUCACCGCAUCUCGAAUGGAUAUCAACCCAACGCCGAGCGCAACCCCGAUGGCCACCCAAAGACAAUGAGGAUCGCACCGGCCAUCACGGGGCCGGCAACAAGCCAGAUUGCCCGUGCAGCUGAGCCGACCAAGGGGCAGGCGUGGGCUUUUCCCGAGGAAGAAAUCCAGAGGAUGCCGUCCGCCGCGACUCAGUCGCUGAUCGACUCGAGGAGGAGUAGUGUCGCCGAAUCACUCGCCAGCAGCCAGUACACAACCGAGUCGAGACUCCCUCCAGGGCAGCGGCGAUUGGAGGAAAACGUGGGCAGCAAUGCUUAUCAAAGGCUCUCUAGCGCUUCUGGAGAAUAUUCGACCGUUCAUCACCACACUUUACAGCAUAAGCAGCUGGGGGAUUUACGGAACGAGGAAGGCGGCUCCCAUUCCGGUACCCAACCGUACAGCCGAACACCCGAGCUCAGGGUCAGCCAUAAAUUGGCUGAGCGGAAACGGCGCACCGAAAUGAAGGAAUUAUUUGAGCAACUCAGAGAUUUGAUGCCCCAGGAGCGGGGUUCCAAAGCUUCUAAAUGGGAGAUUCUCACCAAGGCCAUUUCGGAACACCAGCGGCAGAACGAUCUGAUCAGGCACCUCCAAUCCCAUAUCACAACACUUCAGUCUCAUAUAAACAGCCAAGAUGAAGAAAUUGCUGCACUGAAGCAGGACGUCCAAAGCCUACGCAGCAGAAUGCACAUGGCACCGUCCCAGCCAGUAUCGGAUCCGUAUGCCACUGACCAGUACGGGAGGCCGCGGCCGCCUAACUUGCCUCCUCUGAGAACGUUACCGUCCCCCGCGGCGCCCGCAGGACCGGAGUCGAUGACGGGCGUGCAGUACGAGGCUGCCAGGGCAAACGCGUACCGGCCGACGGAAGCCACGAGGUUCUAAAUGCGCAGGUGGACGAUGUACUGAGAGCGUCUACCGCGGUCGCUACCAGCCCGCGAGUGGAGGAGGAAGGAGGAUGGCCCAGGACAGAAGCCAAUGAACAUUGCCCCGCAUGCCCAACUUAGGCCUGUCAUUCAAAGCCUAAGAUCCAAUUUAGGAGCACCGGAAGUUUGCCAAAUAUCCUCACUCUGCCGCACCGGAAGAGCCAGCGUACGGUCCUUCUCCAACGACGCUGUUGCCCAGUCUUGUGCGGUCCCUGCAUACGACAGGAGACACCUGUUCUCCGGGGUGGUCGGGCGCCGUUUUGUGGCCGCUUCCCCGGCACCAGUGAAACGAUAUUCAAGUGGUAGCCACUCCAAGGCAGAAGAAACCCUUGAGUGCUGACGCUGACAUAAUAUGGAGCGACUACGUCGACCA